UUCAAGCAGACGUCACGCAGCUUCAAAACACUGAUGUGAGGAGUUUAAAUGUGUCAGAUGGAGGAACAGAGCGUUUUUUGGAUUGUCUGAAUUUGAAACCAAACCAAUCUCUGAAGUGUUACUCGUUUUACUUGAGUGUGAGUUUUACUUUUCAAAAAACCCCAGUCGGUUGACGUUCCUAACAUUAAGAAGUGGGUCAUGUUCGCUGUUCCUCUCGCCCUGUUGCUGCUGCUUUACCAAGCGCUAGAGGGGAGCGCAGGCCCGAUUACCUGCUAUGAUGACUUGGGGAAAGCUGUUGACUGGUUUUACGUCUAUAAACUCCCUCACCAUGAGUCCCGUUUAGAGGGGUUGAAGUAUCUUUUCAUGAACAAAGUGAGUGGGGGAUGGACAGAUGGGAAAGUACUGGUGAACGACAGUGCAGGAGCCUUGGGAAGGACUGUUGGACAACUAUACACGAGCACUGAGCAGGGCUACAUACUGUACAAUGAUCAGCCACCCACACCAGUGCCAGGGACUGGAAGAGCUGGGAAUGUUGGCAGAAGUGGGGGUCAUACCAAAGGCGUUGUCUUAUUUGACAAAAAGCAAGGGUAUUGGCUGGUCCACAGCACACCACAUUUUCCACCACCCAAGAAAGUCGGACAAUUUUCGUACCCAGACACUGGUAUUGUGAAUGGUCAGAACUUCAUCUGUGUCACCUACCCUUUGGAUCGCUUCCAGACUAUAGGGGAACAGCUACAGAUUAACCAGCCACACAUCUUUGACUGCCAUAUUCCCGCUUCCCUCAGCUCCUCUGUACAAUCCAUGGUCCAGCUGUGUAAACAGAGCCAGCAAGAGGGAGGGAAUGUCAGUCUUCUACAGGAUGCCUCCAAAAUAACCAAUCGCAGCAUAGCACUCACGUCUUUGGGUGGGACCAAAUUCAUCAACUUUGCCAAAGGAGCAUCCUUUGCAGAUGAUCUCUAUCACUCCUGGGUGGCCCCAGCUCUUCAGUCGGACCUGCUGGUUCAGUUCUGGCAGCGGUCCACCGGGAUUCUGCCCUCAGACUGCUCCCCGAGCUGGAAGGUGUUGAACAUACAGGAGCUUGCCCCCGGGCAGAGGUUCACGUUCAAGGCUACAGAGGACCACUCCAAGUGGGCAGUCAGCACUAAGGCUGCGGUCGGAAGUGCAGGUGGCUGGGUCUGCGUGGGAGACAUCAACCGCAAUAAGGCAGAGGAGAAGAGAGGUGGAGGGACUGUGUGUCUCCAAGACCCCAUUGUGUGGAAAGCCUACCGGACCACAGCCCUGAAGUGUGCCUCCUGUGAGGGAGGCCAAUGUGACUGUGUUACAACAGCAGGGAGAUAGGGCAGCGAAAUUGGUUUUCAAGGGGAAAAUAGUCUUUAUGUCAUAUGUCUCAUAUCAGAGGUUCAUGCGCUUGGUUUAGGCAUUUGCUCGUUUUAAAUUAAACAUGUUAGAUUAAGAUUUUUUAAACAAAAGAUAUCAUGCAGUAUUGUGGAAUUUGAAUGGUAGAUUGUUUUGAAAUGGCCUACAGCAGUCUCUGCUCAUGCUUACAGAGCAAACCAAUUAUAUUAGUCAAACAUGAAAAGUUUACUGAUGUGCAGGGUACACCAGUAUUUCAUAUUUUUUUUUAUAAAUGAUCUUGAUGUACAGAUUGAAAUUAAAAGUUUGCAUUAA